UCCCGCCUCCGGGGUUCCGGGUGCGCAUCGAGCUGUGCGGGUGCAGUCGAGAAGCGGGGAGGUGACUUGAGCUGCGGAGGCGCUGGCCGAGGACAGGGCCGCAAGCUCGGCGCCGUGGUCAGGCCUCACCACCUCCUGUCCCUGCUGCUCCCUGGACCGCGAAUACCUCGACUCUCAGCGCUUUGUGCUCAGCCCAGGCCCAGAGCCAUGGCUGUCUCCUCUUCCUCCUGGGAACUGCCCCUGGUGGCUGUGUGCCAGGUAACAUCGACGCCAGACAAGCAGCAGAACUUUAAAGCUUGUGCUGAGCUGGUUCGAGAGGCUGCCAGACUGGGUGCUUGCCUGGCUUUCCUGCCUGAGGCUUUUGACUUCAUUGCCCGGGACCCUGCAGAGACUCUGCGCCUGUCUGAGCCACUGGGCGGGAACCUUUUGGGAGAAUAUGCCCAGCUUGCCAGGGAAUGUGGACUCUGGCUGUCCUUGGGUGGUUUCCACGAACGUGGCCAAGACUGGGAGCAGACUCAGAAAAUCUACAAUUGUCAUGUGCUUCUGAACAGCAAGGGGUCGGUAGUGACCACCUACAGGAAGACACAUCUGUGUGACGUACAGGUCCCAGGGCAGGGGCCUAUGCAUGAAAGCAACUCCACCAUGCCCGGGCCCAGCCUCACGUCACCUGUCAGCACACCAGCAGGCAAGGUUGGUCUGGCUAUCUGCUAUGACAUGCGGUUCCCUGAACUCUCUCUGGCACUGGCUCAGGCUGGAGCGGAAAUACUUACGUACCCUUCGGCUUUUGGAACUGUAACAGGCCCAGCCCACUGGGAGGUGUUGCUGCGGGCCCGAGCCAUUGAGACCCAGUGCUAUGUAGUAGCUGCAGCACAGUGUGGAUGCCACCACGAGAAGAGAGCGAGUUAUGGCCACAGCAUGGUGGUGGAUCCCUGGGGGACAGUGGUGGCCCGCUGCUCUGAGGGACCAGGCCUCUGCCUUGCCCGGAUUGACCUCAGUUACCUGCACCAGCUGCGCCAACAUCUGCCCGUGUUCCAGCACCGCAGGCCUGAUCUCUAUGGCAGUCUGGGUCACCCACUGUCUUAGGACUUUUGACUUCUGUGAGUUGAGACCCACUGUGAGCUGGUGUUGCUGUUACUUUGAGGCAGGAGCCAGGUGUACCUCCCCCUCACUUGGGGAACCCUGACUCUUGAAGGAACGUAUGCUUAGCUUCUUGGGAAAGAAGAAACUCACCUGAGCUCAGAUUUCAGUUUCAAAAAUGUGGAAUUUCAUAUACUGUUUAUUUCAUGAAAACUAAAAACGCCGAGGGCUGAGCAACACUGGCAUUGAAAGAAAUAGAAUCAUAAA